AUGGCCGACGAAGCAGCAGAGGAGGAGGAGGUUGUGUUUCGAGGGCGGACAACACGGCCGCGGCUCAGGCUGCGAACGAGAAAAGCCAGCACGAGCACGGGCACCAGCACGGGCGCCAGCAGCAGGCGGCGCGCUCUCGAAGCCGGUGGCCAUCAGCAGCAGCAGCACCACGCAGCGACGAGUGUGAUACCUCAGGAACAAGCACAGCAGCAGCACCACGUUGCCGCCACAAGCACGACAUCCUCAGACUUGCACAAGCGUGCGAAACGCGGGGAUGGCGGGCGGUUCAAGCCGCUGCAGUUUGGAACCUCUUCCUCUUCUUCCUCCUCCGCCGCUGUCACAACGUCCACAUCCCUGUCUCAGCAGUCCCGCGACAUGGACAGGGGGAAGGCAGCACAGCAACAACACACAACACUGAAGCAAGACACCAACGGUGGUGGGGCGCACAAGCAGUCCAACAGCAGAGGUGCACACAGGCAAGGGUUUGACGCAAGAGUGCGAGAGGUUGCUUGUCAGAGGACUUCAAAUCCACACCAGCACCAACAGCCACAGCCACAGUCACAGCGCCCACCACCGCCAGCUUCUUGUUCAACAGCGACGUCCUCUUCUUUGUCACCCGUGGUGCUGUUGGAUGCUGCGGCUGUGAACGCUGCGUGUCCCACACCCCCAGCGUCUUGGCACAGCGUGCAGCUUGCCCUCACGUCAUACUUUUCAGACCUCGAGCAGUGA